AGCGGGUCGGGUAAGGCGCCGCAACAUUUUAAUUCGUUACUAGAUCGGGACGGUUGGUAACUCAUGUGAUUUGUGAUCUCAAGAUUAAAGAUGGCGGCGGUUCCGGUUUUAAUGAUACUUCUGAUAGGCUGCUGCCUAUCCAAGGAGCUAGAAGAUAAGCCGAAACUCUCAAAACUUCUCGAAGACAACGGCAUUCAGGACACGCCUUCAGGAAAGGGGGUGAAGCGACAGGUCUUCUCAACCGGUUUUGGAUCGCUCAGCACGGGCCUAGGGACAUCUAUAGGGUCCCUGGGGACACCUAUAGGGUCUCUGGGCACACCUAUAGGGUCUCUGGGCUCACCUAUAGGCGCACCAUUAACUGCACCAAUAAGUCUUGGCGCUCCGGUGGGGAUCCCAGCAGCCCCUCUCUCACCAGUCGCUAUAGCCCCCGCGGCCCCAGUCGUACCAGUUGCUCCCGUACAAACAUCCGUCGACAUCGCGCCCAACCCAGUCGUCCUACGACAAGAAGUACCCAGAUUCAUCACUAGGACGAUCACCAGAAACGUCCAAGUACCAGUUCAAGUACCCGUACCUUAUCCUGUUGAACGCCAAGUACCAGUCCCGUACAAUGUUCCCGUACCCGUACCGGUCGACAGACCGGUACCGGUGGUGCAUAAAGUCCCAGUCGAAGUGACAAGGCAUGUGCCUGUGUAUUAUGAAAGGAAAGUGCCGUAUCCUGUAAGAGUUCCGGUACAUGUUCCACAGCCGUACCCGGUACAAGUUGAUCGUCCCGUGCCGGUUGACAGACCGGUUUAUGUUGACCGUCCGGUACCGGUGCCGCAGCCAGUGUAUAUAGAUAGGCCGGUGAACGUCCCCGUGCCCGUACAGGUCGAUAGACCGGUACCGGUGCCCCAGCCGGUGGUGGUGGAUAGACCGGUGGCCGUGCCGCAGCCUCUGGUAGUUAACAGACCUGUACCGGUCGCGCCUGCUAUACAAACUGUGCCAGCUGUAUCUACAAUACCUAUCUCGAGCGGUAUCCCUCUUGGAGGGCUCCCCACCGGCCUAGGGGGAGGUUUCCCCACUGGUUUGGGUAGCUCUUUAGACCUCUCCAACUCUAUUUCGAGUUCGAUUCUCACUGGACGCUAAUUUAUUGUACUUUUGAAAUAUAUUGUAUUUAUUAAGGAAUAUUCGAAUAAAACAUCGUUAUGGGUGUAA